AUGGAAACACUCGAGUUGCAGGCGGUAAUGAGUGUUCGGGAUGUUUGGAUUCACAUAUUAGAAAUGCUUGAAGUGAAAGAUUUACUCCUUUCUAUUGCAUUGCUGAAUAGGGAUCAUUACAAACUGAUUCAUGGUUCUUAUUUGAUGAAUUUUAUAUUAAGAAGAGAUUUUAAAGAAUUAAUCUUGAAGGAUGAUGAUGAUUUUUAUAAAAAUCAUUUGGAAAAUAAUGAAGUGAAGGAAAAGAACAGCCUUAAUUACAAUAAUACUAAUCAUCACUUAAUGAACAAGGCUUUCCGGAAAGACCAUCAAAAUUCCUUCAGUUUUUACGGUAUUAAUGAAAAUGGACAUUAUCGUUUAGCAGUUCCGAAUUGGAGUGAAUAUUCAAUCAUUCCCAUACAUGAUUUUAAAGCAUUUUAUUUGUUAUUCAAGAGUGAAUUGCAACGUAGGAAUACAUGUUGUCGGGGUUUUAUAUUUGAUCGAAUUUUCUCUACCAUGUCGAGCUCGAAAAUGAAGAGAAGAAUCACAGAGUGUCGACAUGAUGAAGUUCGUUCAGUUCUUCCUAUGAAGACACAAACAAAUGUUAGUUGCAUUUCCAAUGACUCGAAUUCACUUCAUGAAGGAGGAGAAUCCAAACAAUCUUCAUGGAGAACUAUUCACAACUAUCAAUUCAAAUGCAACCAAUGUGGAUUGACUCUCGUUACAGAGGGAUUUCAUCCUUGUGAAAUUACAAAAAGUACCUCCAGUGGAAAUGUUUAUUACUGGCUUCAACCAGGCCACAAGUAUCGAAUCGAAAAUAUUAAAGAGGAUGAAUCGGAAGCUCUGACAAGUUAUUAG